ACUACAAUCAUAAAUGGCGAUUUAUGAUCUAAACCUCCAAAUUUCUUCUUCCCUUUUUCCACAUUCACACAAUUCUCUCAUUUCUAUAAUUUAAUCAAUUUUUUUACUUUUUGGGUAGCGCCCAAAUUUGAAGUUCCAUUCCAUUUCAAUCCGCCAUUACACGGAGAAGAAGAAGAAAUUAAAUAGUUGCAGAAUGGGAGAGAGAAAUUGUAAUUUGGAGGACUCUCAUUUAAUUUUGGUUGUUAAGAAGCUGUGUCUUUGUGUUGAUCUUUCAUGGUUGAGCAGGUGAAAGUUUUUAAUGGCCAACCCCAUUAAAAAAGCUCUGAAUCUCUCUCUAGAGUUAUGGUUUAUUCAAGGAAGUUCAGAGGAGUCAGGCAGCGGCAGUGGGGCUCUUGGGUGUCAGAAAUUCGCCAUCCAUUGCUGAAGAGAAGGGUGUGGCUAGGGACAUUCGACACGGCGGAGGAUGCAGCACGAGCGUACGAUCAAGCAGCCAUUUUAAUGAAUGGCCAAAACGCCAAGACCAAUUUCCCUGCAUCAAAAGACCACUCUGAAGAAGCCAGCCAUGGCCAUGGUUCUUCUCCAAUGUCUCCAAAAGCACUUUCGGAGCUACUCAGCACAAAGCUCAGAAAGUGCUGCAAGAACCCAUCUCCUUCCUUGACAUGCCUACGACUCGACUGUGACAACGCUCAUAUCGGUGUAUGGCAGAAGCGUGCAGGCACUCGAGCCACUUCCAAUUGGGUCAUGAGGAUUGAGCUAGGGAAGAAAGAGGUACCUUCGCCUGAAUCGACAAGCCAAGAAGCCGAUGGCGAUGGCGAUGGCGAUGGUGAUGACCACCAAAAUGAAAUUGAUGAAGAAGACAGAAUUGCAAUGCAAAUGAUUGAAGAGUUACUCAAUUGGAACUGCCCUCUUCCUUCAACUUCCAGCUAAGUACAGGAUCUCAACACAAAACUCUACUCCCAAAAUUUAAAAAUAAAAAAAUAACACCCAUUAGAUUAAAACAAAGAGGCUUAAUUAAUCUGUGUUUGACUGUCUAUGUGUGUAUGUAUAUAUUCAUAUAUGUUUUUAUUCCUAUUUUUCUGUUACUUUCAGCUUAUAUAUAAAGCUGUUUAUGGGACUUGGGAAGCUCAAAAUCUGUAUAGAGACGGAGCUUUUGCAUAUACAUAAGUUUGCUGUUUUAUGUCAUCUUUUGUAAUUCACAUAUAUAUAUUUGGAAAAGGUAUAUAUAAUAUAAAGGGAAAAGUUUGAAGAUGA